UGACAUAUUUUUGGAUCGAAAUUUCUGAUUUCGAUUCGUAUUGUUUCGAUUUCAUUAUUCAUUCUAAUUCUUCCCAAGAAUAAACAACUAAUUAAAUAUUUUACUCUGUAGUGAACUCACAAUAUAAUAAAUAGGUGAAUGUUGAGGUAGAUAAUGUACUCAAGCUUAUUCCGAAUUACUGCUGUGUGGUAAAUGAAGUAAACAAAUCAAGAACACUCGUAUCAGUCGUAUCAGACGUCCUGAACUAGAACAACUCCCACUUUAGUCAAUAUGACUUCGAUUUUGGAUCAGUACGAGCAAGCUUCGCAGGGUUCCCAGCGACCCAAGCCCAUCUCCGAGCCCAUGGUAUCUUCAGGGUAUAUAAACAUGCAACUGGAAGACACUACACCUAUGUUUUCCAAGAAUAAAAUGAUUCUGAAAAAUCUGUCGGAUUUGAUAACUCACGCUGCUGUUUCGAACGAUUAUCUGGUGCUGGCGAUGGCUAAUGGGAACCUUUUUCGGCUCAAUUUGAAGAAACCUGACUGUGGACAAGAAAUCCAAUACUCAAAGUUUGUCCAACCAAAUUCAAAACUGAUGGGCAUGUUCCUUGAUCCGCUCGGCCAUCACCUGCUAAUGUCAUUUACUUCAAAAAAGAAAGAUGGCUACCCUGAGCUCAUAUACUUACAUCAGAAUAGCACAAAGUCUAAACUCGUUAGCAAGUCUAAGAACUAUGAAGUGACAGAAGUUGGUUGGAACUGGGAGAAUACUUCGGAGAUGAAUACUGGGCCGAUUCUGCUCGGCACAUCGCAGGGACAUAUAAUUGAGACUGAAUUGGAGGCUGACAGUGAUAAGAUGUUUACCGCAAGCCAUUUGUAUUGGAGCGAGAUCUUUGACAUUGGCAGAGGGGCUGACAUGCCAAUAACCGGAAUCCAGUUCCAUAGAGUUAACAAAACGAGUAAAUACUUCAUUUUCAUCACCACUCCUACUAGACUAUACCAGUUUAUGGGCCAUGCCACCAUGAAGGAUGAUAAACCAUCUCUACAAUCAAUUUUCUAUGCCUAUUUAACCAUUCCUGAAACAGGAUUCCAGGAGAUAUUAUCUAGUUUGAAGUAUUCGAAGCUUCAAUUCUUUGAUAAGGGUGGAGUGCCUAAAACGUUUGCCUGGUUGACUGAACCUGGGAUAUUUUAUGGACAGUUGGACCCGAGUUCCCAGCAGAAUUCCAACUCGCUGUUCACCCAAGGCACUUUAAUCAGUUACCCAGGGGACGGAGACGAACAAGAAAAUGCUCCCCUAUCUUUCGUCCUCACAGAAUUCCAUGUACUUCUUAUGUACUCCGACAGAGUCAAAGUAGUUUCUCUGAUCAGCCAAGAACUAGUCUUCGAAGAUAAAUACUCCGAAGCACACGGGAAACUCAAAAAUAUUGUUAGGGACACCAAAAAGAGGACCAUAUGGGCUAUAACGGACAAAUCGGUGUUCAGAUACAAAGUUAUUCGCGAAGAACGCAAUCUAUGGGUCAUAUAUUCUGACAAAGAACAGUUUGAACUAGCCAAGGAGUAUUGUUAUAACAAUCCGGCCUACAUAGAUGUUAUAAACGUCAAACAUGCUGAACUGUUAUACAAUAAGGGAGAAUAUGAAAAGAGCGCGGAAAUUUUUGCAGAAACGCAAAAAAGUUUCGAAGCAAUAUGCUUGAAGUUUUUGGAGCUAGAACAGAUAAAUGCUCUGAAAGUUUAUUUAGGGAAAAGAUUGGAAGCCUUAAAAGAUGAUGACAAGACAUUAAUAUCGAUGUUAGUUAUUUGGAUGACGGAGCUAUAUUUAUCACAGUUAGGUGUGCUCCGUCGUACAGGAAAGCAAGAUUCCGAAGAAUACCACCAAAUACAGAGUAACUUCGAAGUAUUUUUACUGCAUCCCAAAGUAUCAAAAUGUAUGCAGCAUGUGAAAUCUGUGGUCUACGACCUCAUGGCUUCUCACGGUGACAAACAAAACUUAAUCAAAUUAACAAUAAUUAACGAAGAUUACGAAAAUGUUGUAGCUCAAUAUAUAUACAAGAAGUCAUAUGCAGAAGCGAUACAGACGUUAAAAACUCUAAAGAGGCCGGAGUUGUUCUACCAAUUCGCUCCGGUCCUCAUGGAAGAGUCACCGAAGCAUACUGUGCAUGCAUUAAUAUCUCAAGGAGCGAGCUUAAGUCCCUCAAAAUUAUUGCCUGCCUUUCUAUCUUGUAAGAACGAUGAGGCACAUGUUUCUGAAAUAAUACUUUACUUGGAGUUUAUACUGCAGCAUUAUAAUGUAAGGGAUAAGGCUAUACACAAUUAUUUGCUGACUUUGUACGUGGAACAUGACCAUGAAUCGCUGAUGAUGUACUUGGCGAGGCAAGGACAGGAUGUUACUAUGGUUAACUACGAUGUUCAUUAUGCUUUGAGAUUAUGCCGCGAGAAGAAUCUAUCAGAAGCUUGCGUAAAGCUUUCAGCCUUACUCGGCUUGUGGGACUCCGCAGUCGAACUAGCUCUACAAGUCAGCUUGACUCUAGCCAAGAGUAUUGCUGACAUGCCCGACCAGACAGAGUUGAGGAGACAGUUGUGGCUUAAUAUUGCUGAGAGCGUGAUCACGAAGAACCAAGACAUGCAAGAAGCGAUGACCUUCCUGGAAGAGUGCCCGCUCAUCAAAAUCGAAGACAUUCUGCCUUUCUUCACUGAUGUUGUCACUAUUGACCACUUUAGACAACCUAUUUGUGAUUCCUUGCAGGAAAAUAACAACCAAAUAGAAGAAAUGAAAAAUGAAAUGGAGGAAGCGAUAGCAGCUGCAGAAUAUGUUCGUUCAGAAAUCCAGUCGUUCCGCAACCGCAGCGUGACGGUGCUGGUGUCGGACGCUUGCUGCCUGUGCGACAUCGCGCUGCUGCUGCGCCCCUUCUACCUGUUCCCGUGCGGACACAAGUUCCACAGCGACUGUCUCAUGCAGGAGACGCUGCCUACGCUCUCACCAGCCCGCAGAAACAAACUCUCAGACUUACAACGCCAACUCUCCGUGUUAUCCAACAUUGAGCUUUCCACCGUCACCUCCAACGGCCUGCCACUCCGAGAGAUACUGAGGAACGAGAUCGAUGACAUCAUAGCGAGCGAGUGCAUCUUCUGCGGGGAGUAUAUGAUCAGUUGUAUUGAUAAACCGUUCAUUAGUGAUGAAGAUUGGGACAGGGUUAUGAAGGAAUGGGAGUGAGCUUUUAAGUAAAGUAAGGUUCGUAUUAGAUAGCAAGAUUUUAACAACUUUCCAAGCAUAAGCAUUAAGCAAGUUGUUAUUUCCAUUUACAAACAAAAUUACUGUAUUUUUUAUGUGGAAUAACGUCUAAUUGGUUCGAGUAGAUUUAAAUAGGUUGAUUUAAAUUCUUAAACUAGGGCUCAUAUGAUUCAAUGAAAUAGCUGUUACCAAAUAACGUAAGCAUUCCGUAAUACGGACCCUAAGUUAUUUGGCUUAGAAAGUAUGGAAAUGCUACAGCGAAGGAUAACAAUUUACGAACAUAGAUGCUUCUGUAUUGUAGCACAUUUGAAAGCAUAUGUAUAUACAGGUAGACGUAGGUAUAGCAAAAUUAUUCUUGUUUGUAUUGAUAUGUAGAGUAAGUUAUGUAGCUAAUAAUUUCGCAUGUUUAUUUUAUUUUAUGUUGGACAGACUGAUAUAUUGAUUGAGUAAAGUGAGAUCUAUUUAAUGUAAAUGUAUUGUUUCUAUGUGCUUUGCAUUCUGUGAUAAAGUUAAUUUACUAUCAUAGAAUUCAUAUGUAAGACAUUGUUAUGUAAGUAAUAUAUUGUGUAUUAGAUAUAGCUAUAAUAUAUUUUAUAUCAUCCAAAAUGUAGUCAAUAAUAAAAACACUUAUAAACGGA